UCACUUAUUAUAUAUACAGAAAUUUUGUUUUUUGAAUGCAUGUGCCAUUUUAAUGUCCCUUUUUCUCUAGCAAUUGUAUAUUUUACACAUUUUCCUUGUUCCAACUUAUAUAGACACCCCAUACUUUUUUAGAAGCUUUUCUUCCAUUUAUUAAAAGCAAUAUACAUUGGUUGUUUUCAUCACCCAAAAAAAAAUAAUUCUUUGUUAUUGUGGGGUUCUUGAAUUUUUAUCAGGAAGCUGGAAAAAGUUGGAAAUUUCAGAAGUUUAUUCAUAUCCAGGUAAAUAUUUUCCCUUUUUUCUUUAUCUUAAUUGGCAAUCUUUUGAUUGUGUUAUGCAUGUACUUAGGAAGGAGAAGACAAUAGCCAUAUGAUAACAAAGCUUCAAUUUUGUUUACUGGUGGCUAGAUAGUGUAUUGAAAAUCAUGAAUUGAAGGUCAAAAAUUGAAAAUGAAUGCCUUUCUUCAUGUGGAAAAAGAAAUAUUUUAAAGAUUUUGCUGUUUAUGUUGUUUCGAGAAUCUAUCGAAAACAGCAUCUCUACCUUCCAAGUAAGGGUAAAGUCUUCGUACACACUGCCCUCCCCAGACCCUACUUUGGGAUUAUACUGGGUUUGUUGUUGUUGGUUGUUGUUUAUGUUGUUGUUGUUACCAGGGUAUUGAUUUUGGCUCAAACUUGAAAAGGAAUGUGAGUGAAAUUCAAGUUUUUCGCUUUGAUGAAUCGAGGGAAGUGUGAUUAUAGAAUAAAGUUUUUCAUGUUGGCUCUUGAGCCUUCAUUAGAAUUAAAAAAUAUGAUUGUUGAUUUGAGUGUUUGAGGGAAGAAAAAAAAGGAUUGUGGUUCAAGAUUAGCAUAGAGAGGGAAGAGGAAGUGGGGUUUUGGGCACUUUUAAUAAGAUGGAGGCACCAACAGCUCAGCCAACCACACCCCGGAAAAAGAUGACGAAACAAUUAACGGGGAAACGUGAUGAUUCUGCCUUGCAUUCGGCAGCUAGAGCUGGAAAUAUUGUUGCAAUAAGAGAGACUAUAAAGAACACGGGCGAGGAAGAAUUAGCGGAGUUGUUGAUAAAGCAAAAUUCAGCAGGAGAGACCCCCUUGUAUGUUGCAGCUGAAUAUGGUUAUUAUGAGGUGGUUAGGGAGAUGAUCAUGUAUUAUGAUCUUGUCACAGCUGGCAUCAAAGCGAGGAACGGGUUUGAUGCAUUGCAUAUUGCUGCCAAACAAGGAGAUUUAGAUAUGGUGAAGGUAUUACUGGAAGCACAUCCAGAGCUAGCGAUGACAGUUGAUGUCGCAAAUACAACAGCUUUGCAUACUGCAGCGAACCAAGGGCAUAUAGAGGUGGUGAAUUAUUUCUUGGAGGAACAGAGUAGUUUGGCCACUAUAGCUAAAAGUAACGGGAAAACAGCACUGCAUUCUUCUGCAAGGAAUGGACAUUUGCAGGUUUUGAAGGCUCUUUUGAGUAAGGAGCCAGGGAUUGCAACACGGAUGGAUAAUAAAGGACAGACUGCACUUCACAUGGCUGUCAAAGGACAAAACCUUGAGGUUGUGGAGGAGCUCAUUAAAACUGAUCCUUCAUUAAUUAACAUGGUUGACAAUAAGGGCAAUACGCCAUUGCAUAUUGCAGCUCGGAAAGGGAGGUCUGAGAUUGUUAAAUUGCUACUUGGGCAGAAUGAAACAGAUAAAAAAGUGAUCAAUAGGUCCCACGAGACAGCUCUCGACACUGCUGAGAAAAUGUCACAGGCUGAGACUGUAGCCAUCCUACAGGAACAUGGCGUUGAAAGUGCACGAGUUCUCAAACCACAGGCAAUAAAUCCAGCAAGAGAGUUGAAGCAAACCGUUAGUGACAUCAAACACGAGGUGCACGAUCAGUUAAAACACACACGACAGACAAAAAAACGCAUACAAGGCAUUGCCAAACGCCUCCACAAAAUGCAUCGAGAAGGCCUUAACAACGCGAUCAACUCAACAACUGUCGUUGCUGUACUAAUCGCCACAGUUGCCUUUGCAGGAAUAUUUCAAGUGCCGGGGCAAUACUAUAUGGAUCCAGAUAACCUCCCACCUGGCCAUAUAAUUGGAGAAGCAAACAUAUCGAACCACCCUGUAUUUCUCGUUUUCUUUAUCUUCGACUCUAUCGCGUUAUUCAUCUCGCUUGCAGUUGUGGUUGUUCAGACAACAGUUGUGGUCAUUGAA